AUGAAUGAUAGAAGAAAGAAAAAAUUAGGAAAGAUAUUAAAUAACCACAAUGAAUUGAUAGUAUGUCUUGAAUUAAAGAAAAUGUAUAUUAAACUCAUCAAAUCUGUUUACUUUCCAAUGUAUAUGUGUAUCUAUGUAUGUAUGUGUAUAUGUCUAUAUUUAAAGUAUAGUUUUGAAGAUUCAUUAACACAUCAUGCUGAUAAUGAUAAUUAUGACUAUGAAUCUGCAUUUACAGAACUCAAGUCUCUCUCUAUCUUUCUACCUAUAGAAAUUGUUUUGAAAGAAGAAAAAGAUCCAUUUUUUAAUUUUUUCCAACAGAAAUUUAAGACUGAAAAAAAAACUGUUUCAUUUGGAUUAUCAUCAAAUUUUUUAAUUGGUAAAACACGUAGACCAAGAACUGCUUUUACUAGUCAACAAUUAUUGGAAUUAGAACAACAAUUUAUAUCGAAUAAAUAUCUAUCAAGACCGAAACGAUUUGAAGUGGCUACUUCUCUUGGUUUAACUGAAACUCAGGUUAAGAUAUGGUUUCAAAACAGACGUAUGAAAUGGAAACGUUCUCAUAGACCAGGAGAUAGUGAAUCUCCAUCACCAAAUUUAACAGAAACAAAAUCUGAUGAAAUUCACUCGGAAUAUGAAAAUUACUGUAUAUCGUCGACUGUAACAGACAAGAAUGACCUGAAUAACCAAGUAGAAAUAAAUAAUAAUAAUAAUAAAGUAACAAAAUUCACUCAUCGAUGUUCAGGACCAAGAUAA